AUGGCGUGGCAGCAGAGAGGGGCAGCUGCUCUCUGCCCAGGUCCGGGACCGGAAACCCACCUGUAAACAUCAAAGAGGAAUUUAUCAGCAAUUUUUUUUUAAAAAAAAUCUGUUUAGUGACUGUUAUAAUGUUACCUCACAGAGUAAAUCUCCGCUGAGAGGUCGCUCUGUAAACUGUGUGAAACUACUGGAUUGUCGCUGGAAGCGGUCGGUCAUGUCGUUACUGUGCGUCAGAGUGAAGAAAGCCAAACUCCAGGGACCACCAGAUAAGUUCAACACCUAUGUGACGCUGAAAGUGCAAAAUGUUAAAAGCACAACUAUCACUGUGCGUGGGGACCAGCCCUGCUGGGAGCAAGAUUUCAUGUUUGAGAUCAACCGGCUGGACCUCGGCCUCAUUGUUGAGGUGUGGAACAAAGGUCUCAUCUGGGACACCAUGGUGGGGACUGCAUGGAUUCCAUUAAAAAGUAUCCGACAAUCAGAGGAGGAGGGCUCAGGUGAAUGGCUUUUCCUGGAUGCAGAGGUCCUGAUGAAAGCUGAUGAGAUAUAUGGCACGAAGAAUCCGACGCCUCAUCGAGUCCUGUUGGAUACUCGUUUCGAACUGCCUUUUGAUAUCCCGGAUGAUGAGGCACAGUAUUGGACUGGCAAACUGGAGCGCAUCAACAGAAUGGGAAUCCAUGAUGAGUACUCUCUUCAGGAAGAUGUUCAGAGUCACCCAUUGCCAUUUGCGGCUUCCCAGUGCUGCAACUAUUUCGGAUGGGCUGAUUCACUGACCUUGGAUGACCAGGACAGUGCUGUAGAUGACCGGGAUAGCGAUUACCGCAGUGAGACCAGUAACAGUUUGCCUCCACGUUACCACACAACUGCUCAGCCCAACUCAUCUAUGCACCAGUACCCGAUGGGGCCUCGGCCACAGCAUCGCCCGGAUGGCUGCACAGACUCUGCCCACAGUUUCGACCUGGACUACAGGGACCCAAGAGGAAGCAGAAGCUCUUUAAACCAGAAAGGAAGAGUCAGAAUUAUACCUGUAGAUUCUGGCAUGGGGGUUGAAGAUUGGGAAAACAAAUACAAGGGGCAAAGCAAGCCACAGCUAAGUGACUUUAUAGAUGAUGAAGACAGCGUUAUCUUUCGCAUGGGAAGACCCUACUCCGAGCUAUCACGUUCACCUAUCCAUCAGAAUACAAAGCAUAGUGGUGGUCUGCCUGCCACCUAUCCUGAGGGUUAUGAUACUAUUGAUCGUCGGCGAAAGAAAAAGAUUACAGACCCAGGAGGGUUUCUCAGUCCAGAAGCAGACAAAAUGAGAAAAGAGACCUUUCCCGCUGACCUUGCACUCCUCCGUGAGAAAAGAGGGGAGCUUUUCAUGCGACAGGUAGCAGAGAUGCAGGAAGAGGAGGAGCGUAUGACAUCAGAUCUAAGACCAUAUCAGAAUGGGCUUCUCUACAAAACAAGGAUGUGGGCUAAAAAUGAGCUGGACAGCACUUUGGAGAAUUAUGUGGCAUACAAAAAAGGGCAAGAUGCUAGAAGGAAGGCACAGUUUGAUUUUGAAAUGGAGAGCCCUCUGCACCACCCUAUAGGAGCAGAGGACAGUGUUAAUGACAUUGCCUUUAUGGCUGAUGAGUGUCGCUCAGAGAACAAAGGACAUUAUAAAGAUAGGCAUUCUUUCUCCUAUGAGGACCACAUAGAACAUUCACAGAGCCUUUGGGAGAAGUAUGGGAAACCUAAAUCAGGAGGAUGGGUUUCAGAGGCAAUGCUCUCUCCUGUAGAAGAGCCAAGUGAUGAAUAUGUUGAUCCUAUGGAUGAGCUUCAAUGUCUUGUUGAAACAGUGUCUGAAUACCUGGCUGAAAAAGAAGAGGAAAUUAGCAAAUAUGGAUCCCUGCCUAAAUCAAGCAAGUCUAGGCUGUCCUCCUAUGGUAGCAAUAGAACUGAUUCAUUUGGGGAGGAGCAAAGUAAUUCAAAGGAUUUAAGAGAAGAAUCCCAAUCACAUGCUGCUUCUGAUCAGGGCAUUUCAGGAGUAAAAAAUGCCAUGAGCUCAUUGUUUACUUCUCUCACUGACAAAGUUGGUGGAGGCCCUAAACAGCCUGCCCUAUCUCCACAAGUAUCAUCUGCACAAUCCUCACAAUCUGGACUAACAAAAUUGUUGUCCUUCAUUCCUAAGUCAAAUAACACAGCUCCCGUAGCUAUUGUCUCUCCAGUAGAAAGUUCUCCUGAAAAGUCAUUCAAUUCUUUGCCUUCUCACCCACCACAUGAUGCCAAAAUACACAGUCAUCAUCAAGAAACACAAACUCCCAGCAGGUGUCAGACUCAGACUCAAACAAGUGCAAAAGACCAUGUACCCAAGCUUGUAACCAAACCUCAAAGUGCUCCAGAAAACUCAGUCUUGGGUAGAUUAAAUCCUUUGAAGCUUUUUUCAGCUGAUAAUGUGAAUUUGGCUGAAUGCAAACAGGCGUUGGAAUCCACAUGUUCUCAGAGUCAUACACAAUUGGAAGAGAGAUGGCUUGAUAACAGAGGUAGUGAAUCAGAAAAAUUAAGAAGACUUUCACAUGAAAAAUAUUCAGGACAAAAUUAUGAUAGAAACUUAUAUGAGACACAAAUUCAGUCAAUUUUGAAUAAAGGGAGUAUUCCUGUUCCAGAGCCAGAAAGGUCAACUGGGCCAACACAUUCUGUAAACACCAGUUUCUUUAGCCCUUUUAAGAAGUCAUUAAGUUCACUGAUCACACCUGCUGCCCCUGUUCCCCCCCACGGAGCUCCACCUGUGGCAGUUUAUCCAGUGUUUAGAACCACAGAGAGCCCCCAACUAGAGGAACCAGUUGAAGACCCAGCAUUGACUAGUAAGCCUAAAGUACCUUUCUCUUCAUCUGAAAACGUUUCCACUCAGCCAUGUCCCAAAGCAGAAGGUGGUGUGCUUUCUGGUUUUUUAAAGUUUGCAUCCAGUGAAGACAUCAGUGCCUCCAUAAAAACACAGAAUCCUCAGCAUGAUCUGACUUCAACAACUUCGACCACCUUGACCAAGAAUCCUCCUGUGCACCAGGAAAAUAGUGAGAAAGGGUGGUUUUCCAGCAUAUUCAACCCUACCCCAGCACCCUCUGGUCUAGACCAGAAUGUAAUCUGUAAUCAGCAACCUCAGAACAGUAAACUGUCAUCUGUCUCACAAGCCCAACAUACAUCAAAUCAGAAAUCUGGAAUGCAGCAGCAGACUGUCAAUCAACCAAAACAAGGUGGACUGCUAUCUGGAAUUCUUACAUUUGGCUCUAGUAGUGACUUAUCUGGCCAUUUAUCACAGCAUGCUAACAAUCAGCCAUUCAACAGAAAUAAUCCCACACAAUUUUCCCAACACACGGCCCCAGAACAAACCUCUUCAACUCCACAGAUGGGGGGCCUUCUCUCAGGUUUAUUGAACAUUUCAUCUACCAAAAACCUGCAACAAAAGGGACAAUCUCGUGAUAGUGAAGCACAAAGGAACAUUCCCGGCAAUUACUUUGGUCAGCAGCAGACUUCACACAGAACUCAGCAAACACACACUGCAGAAAAGGGACUGCUAUCUGGCUUGCUCAAAUUUGAAUCCUCUGAGAAUAUUUCAAGGAGUCAAACAGUUCACCACCAAAGCAGUCAACAAGGUCCAAGCCAACUGAGUACUCAAGGUCCAAGCCAAGGUCAUCCUAUUAAAAACAUUCCUCAGAAUCACCAAGGUGUCCGAUACGAGACAAAUAAACCAGGAUUUGCUCGACAGCAGACUGUUCCACUUCAGCAAGCACCAUCCCAACAAGGUGGUUUUCUAUCUGGACUUUUCAAAUUUGCUUCAGCAGACAACAUAAACACACAAAGUCAACCAUCAGCUCAUCAGCAUGGAAUGACACUAAGCAAAUCCAAUAAUGAGCCAAUAAAGACAACAAAUAUCCAAGUUUCUAGUCAAGAUCAGCCAAAAAAUAGCACAACGCAAAAAACAACACAUGCAAGUAGUCUGUUUUCUGGACUUUUUAAAUCCCCUUCAGAAAACACAGCUCAACAGUUGCAGCCCAAAAACACCUAUGAAACACAACAGCAAAACAAAAUACCACAUAACCAGACUGAUCCAACACAGAUAGAGACAGCGGGUCAAUCAGGAGUGCUCUCAGGGUUUUUAAACAAGUUUACAAAAUCAAAUGAAAGUAUUCACACAACCUGUCAAACAUCAACAGAACAACCACCUCAAGAAAGGGCCAAUAAUUAUACAGUUACAAUGAAAAGCCCACUGCAAAAACAGCCACACAAUAAUAUGACACAACAACAAUCAAAAGAAAAGGCAGAAAAAGAGAAAAGAACAAGUCAGAUAAGUGGACAACAGACUACUUCAGCCAAGUUCAUAGAGUCUUAUUCUGACAUAUUAACAAAUGCUAACGUAAACCUUGGAAGGGAUGGUUUACAAAAAGACAAUCCAGAUUCUCUCAAUCCAGGAAAGAGUAGACAUGCUUUAAUCAGUGCACCUGUGUCAGUCGAUACUGAGAGUUUGGAUUUGCGUACAUCAGCUACUUUUGCAAGAUCUCUUCAGAGCUGCACGACAUACUCCUCAGUGAGCACUGGUAAUUUGCCUCAGUUAUAUAAUUCUGGUUCAUUUAGGUCAACUAACCCAAUGGCCUAUAGUGCAGGAAAUAUCCAUUCCCUUUUACAAAGUCGUGCAACUUCACCAGUCAUGACCAUGCAUCCAUAUAUUGGUGGAAGCUCUCCAUCUUUAUACAGUGCUACAAGUCAAAACCUUUAUCAGUUAUCUGCAUAUGCAGUAAGUCCCUCUUAUGAUGAAAACCAGUGGAUCCGUGAAAGUGCUCUGUGGCAGCAGUUUCAGGAUGAGUCACUAGGUUAUCAUUUCCCAGUAGAGAAUCAAGGAUAUAGGCUGAGUUCUGAAAGUACACCAUUACCAGUACCUGAGAAUCAGAACACUGUGCAAUGGCAAGGUGUUGUUUAUCACCAAGAAAAAUAUAAACCACAUCAGUGUGAAGGAUAUAGAAAUGAUGAUCUAUAUCCAAAGAGAAAAUUAUGGAAUAGUUAUGAAGACUUGGGAAAUAUAGAACAUUUACCCAAUGAGGAAGGUGUGUUGAACUUAACUACUAAACAGAGUAAUGCCAAGUUUGGGAAAUGGCAUUCAUUUAAUGAUGGUAGCACUUAUAGCUUGAAUGGUGUUUCAUAUCAUGAAGGGUAUUAUGAAGAAACUGCUCCAAGCUUAUCUUAUUCAGCUAACUGGCAAUAUGGAAUGGAUAAUCCAGACUCACAGCAUGUUCACACCAAUGGCAUGAUCCAUCACAGUCAGCUUAAUUUGAAUAAACCAGUAGAUCCUCCAAGUGCAAAUAUAGACCUCGAAGACUCCCUGUACCUUGAAGACACUGAAUGGUAUCAACAGUGGCUGGCACUUUUGGAGCAAGGAAUGUGGUGGCCAGCAGAAGACGGUGACUGUGGCUACUUUGUUUACACAGAUCAUGAGUAUAUUUAUGCUUUACUUACAGAUGCAGUAGGAGAAUAUGUGUAUGCAUGUGCCCCUGAAGGUGAAUCUUGGGGAAAUGCACAGCAGUUAGAAAGUUUUCCAAGUGCUUGGCUGAAGAAUGAGAUGGUUUUAGUCUGUGGCUUUAAAAUUCCACUUUACAAUGAAGAUGAGCUUCUUUGGCUUCCAGGUCAAGAUCACAGAGAUUCUCAACUUCUAAAUGCCCCCCUAGAUUUGUCUGCUGCCUACAGAAAAGGAAAUGAGAUUAUGAAUUUAAAUCUUGAACAAUUCUCUCAAAUGUUUGAGAAUUCAUUUCUGUCUCAAGGGCAGCCUGGUGUGGAUUUCUCAUCCUAUACAUUAAACAAAGUUAAGAUGGAUCCAAGACAGCCUAGUUAUGUAUAUCAAGAUUAUUGUAAUGACAUCAUUGACCUUUCAUGUCAUAAUAGAGAUCAUAUUGGCCCAUAUUGGAAUAACCAGGAAGUAAAGACAUUUCUUGCUCAAAAAGUUUCGGUCUCCCUGAAUUCUACUCCUACAGCAAAUUCUAAUCAACACUUACUUUACAACUGUUACCAACCUAGCCAACGGCGGCGUUCAUCAACUGCUGUUACAAUAAAACAUGUGGAUGAUGUAUCAGAGGAAGAAUGGAGGAAAAGAGUGUCUCCAGGAGAACAGCAACCUAAUCGUCAGGUUAAGAAGAUUUCUUCCCUAAUAACCUCUUUUGUCAGCAAAACAUCACAGGUUGAAUUGAACAGUUCUAAUAAGUCCACAUGUGAGCAAGCCACUGACAAACAAUCUAAAAGCAUCCUUUCAUCAGGAUUUCAGAGUCUGAAGUCUAAGAUAAUCAGAGAAGAAUCUACUGCCGUUGUAACUCAGACAGAAAGCUUUAAACAACAAAUUGAAACGCCAGUUACCAAACAGGGUAGAAUUUUGCCCACAGUACCAACAGCACCUCAAGUGACUCACCCUGCAACACACUCAACAAAUUCGCAUGCAACUCAGAAACCUAAACUUUCGCGGCAGACUACCAUGGUACAACAAGUGACUCCACCAACAAACCUCAAUGUGACAGUGCCUUUAGGAUCAAAAGAAUAUCUUAGUAAACCUGCACCAACUGGACAACCUACAUCGGAUAAACCGAUGGACAUACCAGUGGGAAAACCAUCUGAACAACCACAGGCAGGGUUGAUGAACUUCCUAAAAUCUGCAGUAGGAAUGGAGGAAACCAAACCAGUUCUCAAUAAAUUUACUGACACAUCUCCAAAUCAACAGAGCAAAACUGGCAGCACAAGCUCCUUACCAGGAAGUGCCACUACAAAUAAAGAGGCUACAGGAGUUUCAAAUCUUUUGGGGUCAAUCAGUAAUCUGUUUAGCACUGAGCCCUCUCAACCACAAAAACAGCAAAUCAAACCUAGUGUUACAGAGGAUUCACUAACAUCAGCAUCUCGAUCUAAAGGUAUUCAGAGACAGCAAACGUUAGACCAAAGUGGCUCAUCUAGGCCCAUGCAGAGCCUAAUCCCAGAUAAAAAUAUAUUGGAAAUGUCUACUCAGAGUAUCCCUACAGGCUCUGCAGCCAGCCACUCACAAUCUGUGCCGCCUGUUGCACAAACAACGCAGGAAACUGAAAGUAAACCAUCUGGUGUACUGUUUGGAUUUUCAGUUGGAGAAAUAUUUGGGGGAUCAGCAGCAUCUAACCAGUCUGGUCCUACUGGUCAACAGGAAGAAUCACUUGGUAAAACUAUAUUUUCAAUGUUUACAGGGCCAAAUACCCAGCAGACUACAGAUAAAUCUGGGACAUUGUCUCAAACACACCCAUCAAGCACACCUUCACAGCCUUCUCAACAGGAAACACUUGGUAAAAGUUUAUUAUCAAAGUUGUCAGCAUCAACUCCUCAUGCACCUCCUAACGAAACCAGGCCCAACACUGAGGCGCCACAGGGGGGAACUAUCCCUCCAAAGGAUCCUCCAUCUACAGGGUUCCUUUCAAUGUUCGGCAGUCACAGCACCCAACAAUCUCAAAAUCAAACUGGAUCUUUUCUAGGGGGAAUUCUUCCUGGAUCAUCAAGUUCAGCUGAAAGCCCAAUGAAGGGGCUGUUGUCAAUGUUUAGUGAUCCCAACCCGCCACAAACACAGUCAUCAACAAGACCAUUUCAAGAACGAGUAGUCCAGUCACAAACUCAACAACAAGGGGGACCACAGGCACAGUCUAAACCACAAGAACAGCCUCUACCACAAGGACAAACAGCUACCUCUGUUCUUGGGGGUAUAUUCGGUGGAUUGUCUGCCUCUACUGAAAAUCCAAGAAAAACAUUGUUUUCCGUGUUUAGUGGUCCUAGUUCCCCUCAACCACCAAGAACUGGAGGGGAUACAAACAUGCCCUACACACCAGGGACUGCAGUCCCAAAAGAACCAACCAAGAGUAUGUGUUCUGUUUUUAACGAUGUUUUGCCAACACCACAACAGACUCCCAGUUCAUCUGCUGCCACCUCUGCCAAAGAGUCCCCAGCUAUUCAUUCACAACAAAGUUCUUCCCAGAUGGCAUCUAUUUCAAGUGACCAUGUCCUCAAAGAUGCCCCUUCUAGUGAAUUCUCAGGGAACAAAUCUGAUAGUAACUCCUGUCAAGUGCAUGCUGUCCCAUCUAGUGAUAUUACAGUAGUUACCACAAAUACUUGUGAUGACUCAUUUGAAGCCAGUGAUGUUAUGUCUAAGCACUCAAAUUUAGAAUGUGGUGUUGUGCAUAAGGAAAUGAGCACAGAGAGUGCACCCCAGGAUCCUUCUUUUUCUAAAGAACCUUCAGCCUCCGUGAUUAGUGGAUCAGACCCACAUCCUCCAUCUUCAACUGGAUCUAUCUCAGAUGAGCCAAGAAAGGGUUUUCUUUCUUUAUUUUCUACACCCAGCACUGAGCCAAGUUCUACCAAAACAGAUCUGUCAACUACAGGAUCUACACCUGGAUCAUCGGGCCUGAAAGACCAAUCAGCCAAGGGGUUAUUUUCAGUGUUUGCAAGUUCUGCCCCUCAGCCCUCUUCACAGACUGGAAGUUCUCUGUUAGGGGCAAUGUUUGGAGGUUCUUCACCUCAAACACCAUCAUCUCAAGUAGGAGGAUCAUUGCUAGGUGGGUUAUUUGGAGGGUCUGUACCGCAGACUGCUCCACAAGCUAGUCUCAACAAGACUGGUGGUUCUGUUCCCCAAACUACAGGAUCACAGCCAGGGUCAUCAUUACUUGGAGGCUUAUUUGGAGGAUCUGCUUCCCAGGCUGCUGGAUCCCAGUCUGCUGGGUCUAUUUUGGGUGGUAUAUUCGGUGGUUCAACAGUUUCAUCUCUUGUGCAAACUAGUGGGUCCACAAGUGGAAGUUUUGGUGGGGCUGAUCAGACUUCCGCAACUCAAAAUAAAAACUCUAUAUUCGGAGGGAUUUUGGGCAGUUCACCAUCUCCAACAGCUGGUGUACAGACAGGUACAUCUCUUCUAGGUAGUAUUUUAACUGGCGCUUCUGGUCCAAAUGACACAAGUUUGUUUUCAGUGUUUGGAGGAUCUACUUCAGAUGCAACAACUACUCCAACAUCUAAUAAUGACAAAAUAUCAACUACCACUCUCAACAGCACUACAUCAACUGUAACUGAUCAACAAAAAGCCAUUGACAGUAAAACUGUUUCAACUGGUGGUGAUAAAAGUGAAAUUAAUACUUUGAUCAAAAGCAACGAUCAAGUGGAAAUCCCAAAUACACUUGAGAAUAAAGUUCAGCCUCUUGCUGCAAGCUUGUCUAAAGGUGAGGAUAGUCUCAUAGAAGAAGUAAGUUGCCAAGAUACUGAUAAGCAAACUGCUUUAUCUGAAAAAAAUCAGUCUAAAGAGUUUGAAAUGUGUGCAUCAACAGAACAAAUUGUAAAUUCAGAGAUUGCAAGUAGUAGUCAGUUGAGUCAAGAUACAAAAACAUCUAAUGCAGAAGAGGAAAUGCAAUUCCCUCAGUCUGUAAGUUCUUUGGCCCAAGAACAGCAGAAACCUCCAGUGCCAGACAAGUCAGAUACAGUUACUAGCUUCACGUCCACCCUUUUCAAACCAACACCUACUCCCACUGAAGGUCAGCAACAGCAAAAGCCUUUUGGAUUGGGAGGAACAGCACCCCAACCUUCCUCCAUUCAGACUGGUGCGUCAAUACUAGGGGGUAUUUUUGGAGGCCCCAGUGCCCAGGCAGCGUCUCCCCAGACAGGUGGAUCAUUACUUGGAGGCUUAUUUAAAGGGUCCGCUCCUCAGUCUGCUACUCAAGCCACUGCCCCCACCACCGGAGGUUCAAUAUUAGGUGGGAUGUUUGGGGGAGGAUCCAGCACCAAAUCUGCAGUUCCCCAGAGUGGUGGCUCAUUACUGGGUGGAAUGUUUGGAGCUUCUGGAGUUACACCUCAGGCUGGUGGUUCUUUGUUUGGAGGAAUGUUUGGAGGAGCUACUGGUCAGACUGCAGGAUCACAAACUGGAGCAUCAACUUUACUUGGUGGCAUAGGAGGAUCUUUGUUUGGGGCUAUGGGACAACCACCUAAGCCAUCUGAAUCUGUGCCAGCUAUACCAAAACCAACAGCCAGUGCAAUGGGACAACCACCUAAGCCAUCUAAAUCUGUGCCAGCGGUACCCAAACCAAUCACCAGUGCAAAUAUAAUGAUGGGCUCAACAUUGCAAGAUAAAGAUCAAGUGAAGCCUGGCAGCUUAAUAAAUGACAGUGCUGGGGAAACUGAAACAGCUUGUUUAAAAACUUCUACUGUUUCAAGUGCAGCAAAAGACAUUUCUGUCAUUCAUCAGGUAGUUAACAAUGAAAAAGAAAAGCCAGAAGGGGAGGGAGAAGUGAUACAUGAGAAGCCCAUGGUUAUUAAAGAGGACCCUGAGAGUAAAGAAAGUGACAAGUCAGUCCCACCUGAUGUCACAGAGGCAGAUGUUAAUGUUACUUCACCUCCUAAUCAGUUGCCCAACAAUGCAGAGCCUUCUCAAGCUAAGUCUUUGUUUGGGUUUAUAUCAGCACAGAGCAAUGCAGUAAAAUCUCUUGGAUCCCUGAUGUCAUCAGCACCAUCACUUGCUUCAUCAUUGUCUCAGACAGAAGGAGGUAGUAGCCUAAUUUCAGGGCUGAAAAACCUUUCUGGAGGCGUAUUUCAAGAGGAAAAACCUAAUACUGAAAAACAAGAGCCAUCCACCAUUUCAUUACUGGGGGAAAAUGCAGGUUUUCCUCAGCAGACACAGCCAUCCAAAUCACAAGCUGUCCCAGUUAUAACUUCUCAACUCCAAACUAACAACAGUUCAGCAAGCAAUGAGACUGUACAAAAGGUCGAAACAACUGAAGCCGAAAAAACUGUACCGGUAGGUUCCACAGAUGAUAUAGCAACUCCCCAGAUUUGCAUCUCCACUCCUGAUGUAGAUCCUUCAGCAUCCCUGACCCCAAAAGAGGAGGAAAGGCUUGUAGAAAUUCACCCCUCUGCAGGUCCUAACUCUGGAGUGCAGCUGGACAACCAGUCAAAUCUUCUGUUGAAUACAAAAAGUCCAGUGGAAAGUAGUCGCUUUGGGUCAUCAGGAAAUCUUAGCCAGACCAGCUCCCAGCUUAGUGAGACUGGCCACGAGAGCACUGGAGGGUCAGAACUGGAGGAGUCCUUCCACUCCUAUCAUAGUACUGGUUUUCACCCUUCUACCAAUGGGCAGCUACGCACAAAUGGCACAAAUCUCUCCAUCAAUGGACACUCUGUGGUCAGUGAGCGGGAGAUGGAUAGGCUGUCCCCUGACAAAAGACAGGACAUAAAAAGUGAUACUACAGCAGAGACGGGAUCCCCCAAACUCCACAGACCUAGUUUCCAUGAUGAUGAUGGACCACCAUUACCCUUUUCCCAAUCCAGACUUCAUUGGAUGAAGGCCAUCACUAAAGUCAGAGUUCAACUGCGGGAGGUCAGAGAUGUUGAACCCAGUACUCGACAGGCAUGGGUCAAAACAGGUGGAGGCUCUGGUCUGUAUGGAAUUGACAGUAUGCCGGACCUACGUAAAAAGAAGCCUAUCCCAUUGGUCAGCGAUGUGGCUAUGUCCCUUGUCCAAGCCAGGAAGGCAGGAAUCGCAUCUGCAAUGGCUGCUCGAUCAUCAAUUAAGGAUGAGGAGCUGAAAAAUCAUGUCUACAAGAAGACCCUGCAGGCUCUUAUCUACCCCAUAUCUUGCACCACACCACAUAACUUCGAGGUGUGGACAGCGACUACACCUACAUACUGCUAUGAGUGUGAGGGGCUCCUGUGGGGAAUCGCACGGCAAGGCAUGCGUUGUUCUGAGUGUGGUGUCAAGUGCCAUGAAAAGUGCCAAGAAUUACUGAAUGCUGACUGUCUGCAGCGUGCGGCAGAGAAGAGCUCUAAGCAUGGAGCUGAAGACCGCACUCAAAAUAUCAUCAUGGCCAUGAAGGACAGGAUGAAGAUCAGGGAAAGGAACAAACCAGAAAUCUUUGAGCUGAUCAGGGAAGUGUUUGUCAUCAGCAAAGCCAUCCAUGCACAGCAGAUGAAAACCAUCAAACAAAGCGUAUUGGAUGGGACGUCAAAGUGGUCAGCCAAGAUCACAAUCACAGUUGUUUGUGCACAAGGACUUCAGGCAAAAGACAAGACAGGAUCCAGUGACCCGUAUGUCACUGUUCAGGUGGGCAAGACCAAGAAGAGAACAAAGACCAUCUAUGGAAACCUCAAUCCAGUCUGGGAGGAAAAGUUCCAUUUUGAGUGCCACAAUUCCUCAGACCGAAUCAAAGUGCGAGUGUGGGAUGAAGAUGAUGACAUCAAGUCCAGAGUGAAGCAGCGUCUGAAGAGGGAAUCUGACGAUUUCCUGGGACAGAGCAUCAUUGAAGUCCGAACGCUGAGCGGAGAAAUGGAUGUCUGGUAUAACCUGGAGAAGAGGACAGACAAAUCAGCUGUGUCUGGUGCCAUUCGCCUCCAAAUCAACGUGGAGAUCAAAGGAGAGGAGAAAGUGGCUCCAUAUCACGUGCAGUACACUUGUUUGCAUGAGAACUUGUUCCAUCAUUCAACUGAUGUACUUGGUCAAGGUGUGGUAAAAAUUCCAGAGGCUCGUGGAGACGAUUCUUGGAAAGUCUACUUUGAUGAUGUGGGACAGGAAGUAGUGGAUGAGUUUGCCAUGCGCUAUGGGAUUGAGUCCAUCUACCAGGCCAUGACGCACUUUGCCUGUCUGUCUUCUAAGUACAUGUGUCCUGGAGUCCCUGCAGUGAUGAGCACCCUGCUGGCCAAUAUCAAUGCCUUCUACGCCCACACAACAGCCUCCACCAAUGUUUCUGCCUCCGACCGCUUUGCUGCUUCUAAUUUUGGGAAAGAACGCUUUGUCAAGCUCUUAGACCAGCUGCACAACUCCUUACGCAUUGACCUUUCUAGUUAUAGGAAUCACUUCCCUGCCAGCAGCAAGGAUCGCCUGCAAGAUCUGAAAUCCACUGUUGACCUUCUAACCAGCAUUACCUUUUUCAGGAUGAAGGUCCAGGAGUUACAGUCUCCGCCCAGAGCCAGUCAAGUUGUGAGGGAUUGUGUCAAAGCUUGCCUCAACUCUACAUACGACUACAUUUUCAAUAACUGCCACGAGCUGUACAGCAGACAAUACCAGCCUGUGGACACGAACAAGGAGGAGCUUCCUCUGGAGGAGCAGGGUCCAAGCAUCAAGAAUCUGGACUUCUGGCCCAAACUCAUCAUGCUCAUUGUUUCCAUCAUUGAAGAAGACAGAAACUCCUACACACCUGUACUGAACCAGUUCCCUCAAGAACUUAAUGUAGGAAAGGUGUCAGCAGAGGUCAUGUGGACAUUGUUUGCACAGGACAUGAAGUAUGCUAUGGAAGAGCAUGAGAAGCACAGGCUGUGUAAGAGCACAGACUACAUGAACCUGCACUUCAAGGUCAAGUGGCUCUACAAUGAAUAUGUCAAGGAGCUGCCAGUGUUUAAGGGUGUUGUACCAGACUACCCAUCAUGGUUUGUGCAGUUUGUGCUACAGUGGUUGGACGAAAAUGAGGAAGUAUCUAUGGAAUUUAUGAAUGGAGCUCUGGAAAGAGACAAAAAAGAUGGAUUCCAGCAGACAUCUGAGCAUGCUCUGUUCUCCUGCUCUGUGGUGGACAUCUUCACCCAGCUCAACCAGAGCUUUGAGAUUAUCAAGAAAUUGGAAUGUCCUGAUCCUAGGGUCAUGGCUCAGUAUAGUCGCCGCUUUUCCAAGACAAUUGCCAAAGUUCUUCUGCAGUACAGUGCCAUGCUGACCAAGAAUUUUCCAUCUUAUAUUGACAAAGAGAAGAUUCCCUGUGUAUUAAUGAAUAAUGUUCAGCAGUUAAGAAUCCAGCUGGAAAAGAUGUUUGAGUCAAUGGGUGCCAAACAGCUCAACUCUACAUUAGAAUGGGAGUUUGAGGAGAGUGAGGAAGAGGAAAUAAGGGAGAAAAUAGAGGCUGAGUCUGACAUGGAGAAGAUGGAUGCACCAGUAGAAAAGACUGAAAAUGCAUUUGAAGACAAAAAGAUGGACACAGAGGCUUGUGACUUGCUGAAUGACCUGCAGGUGAGGCUGAACAAUGUGCUGGAUGAUCUAAGUAGAACCUUUGGGAACAGUUUCCAGACUCGCAUCAGCGAGUGUAUGCGACAAAUGGCAUCUUUGCUGUACCAGAUCAAAGGACCAGUCAAUGCCAACAACAAAAACCAGGUGGAGGCUGACUCUGACAACAUGCUACGGCCACUCAUGGACUUCCUGGAUGGAAAACUGACACUGUUUGCUACUGUGUGUGAGAAGACUGUAUUGAAGCGUGUGCUCAAGGAGCUAUGGAGGAUUGUAAUGACCAGCCUGGAGAAGACUAUUGUCCUGCCACAGGGCAAUGAUACCUUUGGAGCACAGAUUCUCUCAGCUGCAAAAGAACUGGGUCAGCUCUCCAAACUCAAGGAUCACAUGGCAGGGGAGGCUAAAAGCCUGUCCCCCAGGCAGUGUGCUGUCAUGGAUGUGGCACUGGACACAAUUAAGCAAUAUUUCCAUGCAGGAGGGAAUGGGCUGAAGAAGGCCUUCCUAGAGAAGAGUCCUGAGCUGUCCUCACUCCGCCACGCUCUGUCCCUCUAUACUCAGACAACAGACACACUCAUCAAGACGUUUGUGACCACACAACAAGCACAAGUGCACAAUGGAAAGGGUAUUAGGUUAACUCCCAAUGAAAAAAUACAACCCAGCAGGGGAUCAGGUGUGGACAAACCAAUUGGAGAGUUGUGUAUCCACAUUGAGCUUUAUACUCAUCCAAAGAGUGGAGAGAGGAAAGUUACUGUUAAAGUUGUGGGGGCCAGUGACUUAAAAUGGCAGACGUCUGGCAUGUUCAGACCCUUUGUGGAGAUCACCAUGAUCGGUCCUCACCUCAGUGACAAGAAACGGAAGUUCCAGACCAAGUCCAAGAACAACAGCUGGUCUCCCAAGUUCAAUGAAACCUUCCAUUUUGUUCUGGGUAACCAAGAUGGCUUUGAGUGCUAUGAGUUGCAAGCAUGCGUCAAAGAUUACUGUUUUGGUCGUGCCGACCGGGUGGUGGGUUUGGUCGUGCUGCAAUUAAGAGACAUCAUGGAGAAAGGCAACUGCGCCUGCUGGUGCCCCCUUGGACAGCGUAUAUACAUGGACGACACAGGCCUCACUGCCUUGCGAAUCCUGUCUCAAAGGUCCAAUGAUGAUGUGGCCAAGGAAUUUGUGAGGUUGAAGUCAGAAACUCGAUCAGCAGAGGAGGGCAGAUGAGGAUAUCCGGAGAACAAGACGGAAAACAAAAGGAUGGAAAAUCCUCUCCGAGUUUUAUUGUAGAUGAACAUGUGGACUCUUUCUUGGACCUGUGAUGUGUCUUAGCUGCUGUUGACUGUUUGGUAGUGGGUUGCCAUUUCUCUUACAUCACUGCUAUGUUCUCACCUUGGUUUUUUUUUUGUUUGUUUGUUUGUUUGUUUGUUUUUUGACCAACAGUCACUUUGCAGUGUUCCUCAAACAUCCAUAUUAUUUGCUUUUCAGCAAACAGCCACAUAAAUGCUGGCUCACUCAAGCUUCACACUCAACAGCUGUUUCACAGGUUAGUGACCACUUACUCAGCUAUUUAACCUUAUUUGUAGCUCCUUUGUCAUCAGCCGGAGCGGCACGGUGAGCAUGUCAUAGCCUCAAGGGAACAGAUGAUGCCAGGUCCUGUUGAAGGGCCAAACAAAUCUCUGCACUUCCCUGGUGCAGAGAUUGUGCAAUAACCCCACCUCACCCCAAACUGUGGCCAAGUGUUUUAUGCCUUACACUCUGCAAACUGUGAAUGUGUGAAGUAGGCUUUUAAAAACCAUAUUCUCUAUCUCCUUGGGUGAUGGUUUGGGUAAAUGUGAAAAUACUAUGUUUUAUCUUAUAAAGGAGUGUUUUGUUUGAUGAAUGAACGAGCACUAGCUAGGACACAAUCCUGGUCAAGUACUGACAUACUUUGUGAAAUGAAGGUACUUAAAGUAACAAACCUUAAUUUUGCUAAUUUCACAGAUCAAUUUGAAGGAUUAAUUGGUUUAAUGUGUGCCUUGCCAUGUGAAGUUUCCAGCCCUAUUUCCCUGGGAAAAGGAAUAGCUAGAUAUAAAACCUGAGGGAAUAAAAAUCAGUAACAAUAAGGUUUAACUAAAAUCCUCAUGAAAAUUCACUGUGGAAGUUUAACAAGAGUGCUAUUUGAGCCAUCUUUAUUUAGCUCAUGUAGCCUAGUAUAACCAUGAUGGUGUAACCAUUUUAUUUAUUUAUUUUAUACGUAUUUAUUUUUGUGUUUCAAAACUUGUGAUGGAAUUAUUGUUUACCACCAAAAAUGGACGUAUUUACCACGACAGUGUCAAAGGAUUUGCACAGUGGUUGGUCUAAGCUGCUGAUGUAGCCUAAAUUGGGCCUGAAUUGCAGCUUCAUAACAAGUUGAAAUACACACCCUCAAACUAAAAGUGACAAGCAAGUGCUUGUCAUGCAAUUAAUAACCAAGGUAACCAUGUGUGUCCUUGAUUUAAGAGAUAAUUGUCUUGUUGAAUUAUUCAUUUAGAAAUAGUAGAUGUUGAACUUUCUUCCAAAAAAUAAAAUCUGCAUAUCUGGACAAAUAUUUAAAGUUUACAUAUAUAAUUCUGUCCUGUUUUCUUCUACUCUUUGGAGUGGCCUUACUUUGAUGAAAAGAUAAUAAAUAAAGAAAAGUAAUCUUUUUUUUUCUUUGUUUUGUUUUCUUUUUUUAAUUGCUUUUUUUUAAAGCCCUUGUAUUUCCUUUGGCUUACAGCAAUGAUGACUAGCUACUUCUUUGCCCAUAAAAAUGUUCAUUGUCCAGUUUUCCAAGUGAUUUUCCAUAUCAUUUUAUUGGGUAUAUUUAUCUGGGUUAGGUUUUCUUUUUAAUGUGUUAUAGUUAGUGUUACUUUAUUCUUUCUGAUGUUAUAAAAGCUUUCCUUGGUCGUCCUUAUUAGUUUACGAUGGGUUUUUUUUUUCAGUUGUGUGGACUGAAGUGAUGUGCGUCAGUGUUGUGAUGUAAUGGAAAAUGUGAAUGUUAGACUUAAUGAAAAAUGAUUAUUGCUCUAUUAUAAAACCCUCAGUGCGUGCACAUUGUGAAACUGGUCACAACCACAACUCAAUGCUCCUCUUUGUUACAGUGUAUUAACCCCUGUGAAUAAUUAACGUUAUUGGUUUAAGAGGGUCAAUGUUUCACAGCCAUUCUCUAAGCUACAUGUUCCUUGUGCCAAGUUGCUACUGUUUAUUUUUGAUCACUUUUUUUGUGCUUUCAAAAUUUUUAAACCCCUAUGCUAUCACUAAAUCACUGCUGUAGUUAUCAAGUACAGUAUGUAAAACACUGUACUUCAUUAUUUGUGUAAUCUUUGUCAUUAUUGUAAACUGUUGUUGCCAUCUAAACAUUCCAAAUAAUUAAUUUUGUAUAAAAUAUUUAAUAAGUAUUUAUAAAUCUU